CGCAGUGCUCGGCGAGCAGCUAGCUGGGGCGGGCGCAGUGUUUGGCUGGUGGGAGCGUGCGGACCCGCACAAGAUGGCGGACGGAGACAACAAGAGCACCAACCAGCUGGCUGCAGAGACUGCCAGCUUGGAAGAGCAGUUACAAGGAUGGGGAGAAGUAAUUCUGGUAACUGACAAAAUCCUUCGUUGGGAAAAAGUAUGGUUUCCACUUGCAGUAAUGGGUACUGUUACCUUUGCUUUCCUGAUGAUCUACUACUUGGAUCCAUCUGUUCUUUCAGGCGUUUCUUGUUUUGUCAUGUUCCUCUGUCUGGCUGACUAUCUUGUUCCUGCUCUUGCUCCCAGAAUUUUUGGCUCUAACAAAUGGACCACUGAACAGCAGCAAAGAUUCCAUGAAAUUUGCAGCAACUUGGUAAAAACACGUCGCAGAGUUGUUGGCUGGUGGAAACGACUCUUCACGCUGAAGGAAGAAAAACCUAAAAUGUACUUCAUGACUAUGCUUUGUUCUCUUGCUGUGCUUGCUUGGGUAGGGCAGCAAGUUCACAAUCUCUUCCUCACCUACCUUGUUGUGAGUGUUUUGUUGCUGUUUCCUGGAUUAAACCAACAUGGAAUCAUUACAAAGUAUGUUGGAAUGGCAAAAAGGGAGAUAAACAAACUUCUCAAGCAAAAGGAAAAGAAAAAUGAAUGAAGCCUUGCUUGCUACUUCCACAGCAUAAGGUCUCCUGGGGAACAGCUUCUAGAAUGCUUAUGUAUAUUUCAGAUAUAUUAGAAUAAGUUGUUCUGUUUAUUGGCUUUAAAUUUAAAAUUGGCUCCCUGUUCAGCAGAAAUAUCACUCUUGCAACAGCUGUGGGUUUGUCUCACUCCCGCACUGUUGGUCACACAUCACCUAUAGUCUCCUAAUGAUCGUAUAGGGGGAAAUGGCCAUCCUGUACCUGAGGAGCUGCACUGAACUUACUCAACAUCUACACCAAGUAAGACGUCCCUCUAUCAGAUACUGAAGAAAAACAAGAAAUGGCAGUAUUGUAAUACAAGUAGCAUCCUUAUAAAGAAGUUAGUUUUGACCUGCUGGCAUAGCAAGUACUGUUUAAGUAUAUGCUUAAAGAACUGAUUCUGCUGGUGUGGAGAUUUUUGUUACUACUAAUUGUGGGGAGAAGAGAACAAUUAACAUUCUUCAUUCCUGUUCAGGUCUUUCUGUGGCUAUUUUCACAGACAUGAGCUGAAGAUGAUUCCAUGGCCUUGCUAAAGUUUUCGUACUUAAUUUCUGUUCAGCUUAGUUGCAUAGACCUAGAUUAUUUCUGCCAAAUUGGGCUCCAGAAGACUUAAAUUUGAGCUUAGUCAUUAGUUGUAUAACAUUCAAUCAUUGCACUGACACUGUAGCGACUGAGUUAGGGGGGUGUGCUCUUAACAGUCAGUUGUUCUGAAAACUGCUGUAGUUGUGGAACCAUGUCUGGUUUUAUCAAUGUUUUUCUAGAUACAGAAUCACUUUGGAGGUAUCAGAUUUGUUUGUCUUGUAAAUAUGCCUGUCUCCUAAAUUACUUGUGCUUUAAUGGUAAACUCUUGUUCUAAAAACUGCUUUUUCUUUUUAGUAAAGCAAAAAGCUGAUAUGUAUUAAUGCAUAAUGGUGUUUUAAAAGUUGAGUAUUUGUUUUAAAAUAAGUUUUCUUCCAUGUCUGUAUUAAUUGUAAAACAGAUAAAUAUAGACUUCAUGUUCUUUGAGGAUUCUCUUUAAUAUCCCUGCUGUUUGGUCUUUGCUAGGUUGGGGGCAGGAGUCAUGACACUAUCUAUGCCUCAGUGUCACAGAGAAUAGCUCUGUGCACCAAAACUGUCAGUUCAUUAAUACAUAGUUUCUUAAAUGAGAGGCUGUCUUCCAUUAACUACUGACUUUUUUUUUUUUUAAUGCUAAUAGAAGCUUGAAAAAAUGGUGAGUCUUUCUCUUAAAAAGGAGUACUUGUCUAACUCUGAGAAAUAGUGGCUAUGCCAAAGAGCAUGUGAGCAAGUGCUCUUACUGUCUAAUUUACUCCACAGUAGAGGUUGGAAUUGUUUGACUUUAAGUAGCUGCUGAUGAAGUUGAUCCUGGCCAGUUUAUGGGACUUGUGAGUAAUUUGUCAAGAGGUGGCUUAUGAAGAUGACAAAUCAGUAUGUGUCCUGUUGCUACAAUGUUAGAGACUACAGAAAAAAUGAAUUGCUGCAAUACUGAAACUUGCAAACUUUGAAACAUUAGCAAUAUUAGGAUUGUUGCAAGUACCAAGACAAGCAGAAUACUCGCAGUGGCUUUUUCUUGGAAGCUGUUACUGUGAAGAAAAGAUUCUUAAGACUAAACUCACUCUGUAGACCAGUAGUGCUCAACUUCUUGGCUCUGCAGGACAGAUGAGUGGCAUGAGGUUCAUCCACCAGCUGGAUCUGGCCCUGGAGCCUGGCACCACUAUUUCUCUCCCCCCCUCCCCCCCCAAAUAUGCUGGAAUUGGGCAUCCCAUUCAGUGUGCAAGGUCCUGGAACUCCUGGUGCCAAAUUUCUGGACCCAUAGGGAGAGCAGUGGCACCAUUUCCCCCACCACCACAUUUCUGGACCCAUAGGGAGCCCCACAGGCCAGAUAACACAGUGCUGCAGGGUGGGCCUGGCCUGUGGGCCAGGGAUUGAGCACCCCUGCUGUACACAACAAUAGGUUGGGGUGGCUUGAGCCUUCAAUUGCCUAAUCUGAAAAUUGUGCUGAUAACCAGACUUCUAAAGGUUUAUUGCAAAACUGUCUCUGCAGGGGGAACUCUGGGCACAUCUACAAGUGCACAUUUACUGCACAGUAACCAAAAUUACUGUGCAGUAUGUGCAUGUAUGCCCAUACUAUGCAGUAAAUAUAGCAGCUUAUGUUUACUUGAGCAUACCUGCAUGAUGCAAGUAUCAAAGUUAUCAGAUUUUACACCCAAUUAGUUGCUGUGCAGUAAUGCACAUGCUGCACAGUAAUGUAGAUGCCUUGCUGCACAGUAAUGCUGUGUGGACUGAUUUGGGAUUAAUUUUUAUUCCCAAAUCGGUCCACACAGCGUUAAUGCGCUUUAACACCUGCAUGUGCAGAUGCUGGCCUAUUCCCAUUUACUGCACAGUAAAUUUUAAGCCAGAGUAAAUGCAAGUGUAGACUUGUUCUCUGAAGGAAAUCUAGUAAUAGAAGCAACAAUCAUAUUUUGAGCCCAAACUUGUGAAGUAGCAGAGCUGUGUUUUAAAUUCUCUGUAGCAGUGGUUUUCAACCUGUGGUCUGUGGACCUCUGGGAAUCUGCAGACUGUCUAAGGAGUUCAUGAAAGAUGACUUCAAUCAAAAGUAUGUGAAUACUUGUACUUACAAUUCAAAGGGGUCCGUACCUCCAUUUGAAAAUUUUUAGGGAUCUGCAAAUGAAGAGUUGAAAACCACUGCUCUUUUAGCACAGCUUUGGAAAAGAUGUUUUUUAUAUAUCACCAUCUCUCACUGAACCCUGCCUAACACCCCCCCCCCCCCCCCCCCCAUAGCCAUGAGAUAGUGAAAUGACUUAAAGGAUAUGUAUGUUUGUGGGUGGUGUAUGUGUUUUUUCUUCGUGGCUUGUUUGUUUGUUUUUUUUGUGGUUUUUCUUGUUUUUUUUUUGUUUUGUUUUUGGUGGAUGUUUCCCUUCUGUCAUCCAAGGUGGUGUUUGUGUAAGGAAGGAGUGUGGUACCGCUUAAAGGUGGUAUAGUAUUCCUACUAAACCAUUGGUCCUUUAAAUACUAGUGUAUGGUAUAAGCUAAUUGUGUUCAUGAUGUUGGGGAGACUUGAGUUGAGGUAAAAAUGUUAUGCCUUGCAAAUGAGUAACCACCUCCAAAAAAAAAUCCACAUUCCAGAUUCUACUGUUACAAUUCCACACCAUAUAGCUAAAUAAAGUAUUCUUACCCUG